GUCCUCACAGAGAGAAGAGCUGACACUGCUGAAUAGCCCAUAGCCAGAGCAGAGACAGAGCUGUGUGUGUGUGUGUGUGUGUGUGUGUGUGUUGAGCAUGAAGAUGAAGGCUCCUGGAGCUGUGCUGCUGUUGCUGUGGUCUGGUGUGGUUGUGGUUGUGGUUGCAGCAGAGAGUGGAGACACAGCCACAGCCUCCACCCAGCAAAGCUGCCAGCCUGACAUCCACACUGUGCUGAGAGAGAUGAGCGCUCUGGUGGUGGAGCAGAGAGUGGAGCUCAGAUACACUAAGACACAGGUGGAGGCCAUGGAGACCAGACUGAGGGCCAGUGAGAAGACAGUGGAGGAGCAGAGAGCCGUUAUUAAGGAGCUGAAGGAGAAACAGGAGGAGCAAGCAGCAGCUGUGAGAGCUGUAGGAGGCAGAGUGAACCUCACGGGGAGCCAGGUGGAGGAGCUGAGGAGGGAGAGAGAGGAGAGGAGGGUGGCCUUCUCCGCCUCACUAGUGGCUUCAGGAGAUGAAACCUUUGGACCCUUUAAAGAUGCAACCCCCUUGGUCUUCAAAAAUCCAUUCAUCAACAUUGGAAGUGCUUACAACCCAAACACAGUCAUCGCCUACUCUCAACAGGCCGGUAUGUAUGUGAAGCCCUCCAAUGGGGCUUCUCUGCUGCUGGAGGUGGGGGACGUGGUCUACCUGAAGCUGUGGCCCAACGGCUGGGCCAGAGACAACGGCAACUUCCACACCACCUUCUCUGGCCACCUGCUCUUUCCUAUGUGA